UAAACUCAUACCAUGGUAUCAAGCCAGUGCUCUUCUUUACAGCACAGUCUCAAACAAAACUCAAUUAAUAUACACAGCUAUUUAAUUUCACUCAGUCGAGCGUGAGCGAUUAAUCCAACCAGUUAUCACCAGCACGCACUGUUUUAUUUUAUUGCGAAAUACACGUGUAUGUGUCCUAAAUAGGCAGUGAUAAUGACGCGUUUACUAACCUGUGCAGCACUGAUAAUCAUCGCCCUGGGGAUCCUAUCGGUGAACGGUCAGGAACAACAAAAACCCUAUACAGCAGCUAACGAGACUAACGUGGAGGAAGUAGUCGUUGAAACGUCAUUGUGGGUCCGGAAUAAACCAGCCGCAGCCUCACGGCGUCAACAGUUGACGCGAGCGAAACGCGAGAUCAGCAGCCACUCAGCAAGCCACAGUGAGUCAAAAUUGAAAUCGAAUGCUCUAAAUCCUGUGGUGGGGCAUCACAAGUCCUCCGUUGAACAGCCAAGUGGCUUCGUGCAGGCAUUCUUCGCCAAAGACUUUCAUAAUGGAGGUGUCAAAGGCAAUCAGCGCGCUUUUGAUAAGCAGAAACUGGUUAAGUCGACGAAACAGAGCAGCAACCACCUUGCAUAACGAUGAAGCAACUCUAUGCGAGGUCCGGAUAUGUCAUGCCGACCGAAGCCUAAAAGCCAACCCGUCAGCUAAACUUAUGGGAAAUUGGCGGUGUCCUUUGAACAACAUUAAUUCUACUUACAAGUGAAGACAUUUCGCGAAGCCAUAAAAUAUGUUCCCAUAGGGGGAACAGCCAGCAGAAAUACGAACCCAUGUGAACUGCAACAAACUUCCAACGCCAGCUUCAAGUAAUCUACGGCUUUUUUCGUAUAAUUUGUUACCAUUGGUACUCUAAGUAGCACUAACGAUAUGUAGGGCUUUUUUUUGUUCUUUUCUUUGAAAUGUGAUACAACAGCAAUAUGUGAGCAAUAAAAUGAUCAUGACAAAUGUA